CUGGGGUCCUGGUCUCUCGUUUCUGACCCUCAGUCGACUACGCUCGCUCCGUCGCAUCUCAGUGGUAUUCGCAAUACAGUCGUUCCCUUCGUCCCAAGGGACCACUGGGCGCUCUACCCCACUCCCCCUCCAGUCUCCGUCAUUUUGUGGGGACAUUCUUUCCAUCCUGCCUGUGCUACAAGGAUCCCAUCCGCGUUUCCUAUUUCCCUCGCUUUGGUGAUCUCUAGCAGAUAUGGGGUUUGGAGACUUUGGCUUCAUCUGCCACAAGGUAGCACUUCCAAUGUGCUCCUUGGUGGGUAGCCAGUCGUCGAUUUCAGGGGAGACGGGCAUUAUACCGCAUUGCUAUUCUCGGAACAUCGAACUUGCCAACACGAUCAUCUUCGAGGGCGCCGCAUCAUUUAUCCAUAUUAUUGCCCUCAUCACCACAGUCAUAAUGAUCUUGCAUGUCCGAUCCAAAUUCACAGCAGUCGGUCGCAGAGAGAUGGUCACUUUCUUCUACCUCUACAUGCUCGUGACCAUGUGCUCCCUCCUCCUGGAUGCGGGCGUUGUCCCACCGGGGAGCGGACCCUUCCCUUAUUUCGUUGCCGUUCAAAACGGCUUGGCAAAUGCUCUGUUCACCUGUCUGGUCGUCAACGGCUUCGUUGGCUUCCAGCUGUACGAAGAUGGAACGGCGUUGUCGGUCUGGUUAUUACGAAUAACAUCUACGAUCAUGUUCGCUGUCUCCUUCAUCGUUUCUCUUCUGACUUUUAAGGACUGGGGUGGACUCAAGCCUACCGAUACGGUCGGCUUGUUUGUCGUACUUUACAUCUUGAAUCCUAUCUGCAUUGUUAUCUAUUUAGUGAUGCAGAUUUUAUUGGUUCUGAACACUCUUGAAGAUCGUUGGCCGUUGGGUAAUAUUAUUUCCGGUGUUGCUGUUUUCGCGGCUGGACAGGCUCUUAUGUACGGUUGGAGCGAUACCAUUUGCGAUCGCGUGCAACACUACCUGGAUGGGCUCUUUUUCUCCACUUUGUGUAACCUAUUCGCUGUUAUGAUGAUCUACAAGUACUGGGAUUCAAUCACCAAGGAAGACCUUGAAUUCUCCGUUGGCGUCAAGCCUAACACUUGGGAAGUCAAGGAUCUCGUCCCAGAUGAUGAUCGACGUCUUUUCCCAGAUUCAACCUCGGAGUAUGCCCCAAGCAUAUAUCGUCGUGCCUCUUCUUACAACUAUUAAUUCCCUCUUAUACACUAAUAAUUUCGGCUACAUGAUUGUGUUUUUGAUGGCUUUUUUUUUGGGGGGGUAGAAAUUUCAGCGAUCUUGUAUACCAAGCAGUCCUCACGCUUUGUACAUGUUCUUUCUCUGACUUGGUCUUGCGACGGCGUUUCGAGGAGCAUAUGAAAAGAUACUUGUCUGGAAAUUGGAUUUGUUCACUUUCCUUUUCUGCUAAUUAUCGCUUAUUUUGCUUCGAAUUGACACGAUACGGAGUAGAUGCAAAAGUAUUUUUAUAGCUUCCUUUCUCUUUGUUUCCUCGCCUCUGUAACGCUUCACCGUCCAUUUGAGUUUGUGCUUGCUGGAGUCCCAAUGAAAAUGAAGCUUUCUCCUGCUAGUAUGCAAUUAUUAUUUAUCAUAUUUACAAGCGUAUGGCAUUGUUAGAUUACAGCAACUCCACUCAAAGUUAACGACUAUGGAUAACCC